CUCCUGGUUUUCAACUCAUCUCUUCUCCUCCACUCCAAAACUUUCUCAAAAUUAUUGCUGUAAAACACGAAAUCAACACAUUAUUAUGGUUACCGUAAAUAAAAGGUGAGCAUGGAAGUAAAGCUCGCUCUCUUUGUUUUUAAUCACCAUGGGACAGAGUUUGGGGAAUUUUAGGAUGGGGUCUAUGAUCCUGAAAAUCGUAUCUGAUUCUGGGCAUUCGAUUCAUAGGAUUCGAUAUUUAAUUCUGGUUCAAGAUUCUUAAACAUGGUCUCCCCUUUUUCCUUUUUUAAUCUUCUGACCAACAUUUGAAUCUUUCUCCACCACCUUUCUCUUCAUUGUCCCAUCUGGAAGUUUACCCCCCAAAGUUUUCUUUAUAUAUAGAGAGAGCGAGCCAGUGUUUUGUCAGUAUCAAUGGCUGAUGAGAUAGAGAAGGUGAAAGAGAUUGCCAAAGGCAAGGGUGUUGAUUUUGGGGUGGAACUGGAGAGGCAGCAAUGGAAGCCAGUUUUUGAUGAAGCUUCCAUUUCACAAAGACCUCUUAAGAAGAUCCGUAGCCCUCAACGUCGACACCACCACCUUGUUCAUUCCUCUGUUUCUUAUCCUUCUUUGCCAUCUUCUAGACUAGUUUUUCCUUUUGCUUUUGAUGGUUCUUUUGAUUCAAUGUCCCUCCCAUGGCAGCCACAAAAUCAACAACACAUGAUUUCCUUUAGUCCUCAGCCCCACCAGCAGCAGCAGCAGCAGCUUCUUCAAUACUGUAGUGGUGCGUUGAAUUUGAGUCCAAGAGGGGGGAUGAUGGGCAGGUUGGGGCAACCAGUGCAGCCUAUACAUACUAGCAAGCUUUAUAGAGGCGUAAGGCAGAGGCAGUGGGGCAAAUGGGUAGCUGAAAUUCGUCUUCCUCGAGAAAGGACUCGCCUUUGGCUUGGCACCUUCGAUACAGCUGAAGAUGCUGCUUUAGCCUAUGAUAGGAAAGCAUUCAAGUUGAGAGGAAAGAAUGCAAGGCUCAAUUUCCCUGAGCUUUUCUUCAAAAAAGAUAAAGAUACCUCUCCAAGUUCACCAGAACCAAACCAAAACCAGAACCUCCCAAAACAAGAACAUGAAAGUCCAAAAUUGCAGUCUGCAAAUAUGGAAUCGAUGUCUCAAGGAGAUAAUCCUGGCAGUGAGCCUACAACUAAAGAUAUGGUGCAGAUGACAGCAGAGGAAGGUGAUUCUGGUUCUCAGGCAUCCAUGUGGGAAGAUAUGGCAUUGGCAGAGGCUUGGUUCAAUGCAUUCCCAGAAGAAUGGGGGCCUUUAAAUCCUGUAUGGGACGACAUAGAUGCUGCAAACAACCUUCUUUCACCGUCAAACCUUAGUUUCACCAAUCAAAACCAACAAGACUUUAGUGAGUUUGAUCACCAAAAACAACAAGACAGUUCUUCCACUUCUUGUCCAAAGAAACCCUUCUUUUAGUGCUAUUAGUAUUUAGCAGUAAGCAAGUUUUUCUUAACCUGUUUCUAUUGCAUGUGUAGUUAUAAAAUCCAAUUGGGUGCAGGGAGACAGUUUGGUGAUCUCCUUUCUCAAUUGGUCAUAUCCAUCUCCAGCUUUAUUUUUCUGCUAGGAGCCUGGAAUCAAAUCUACCAUCAUAUGUACAUUUUGAAGUUGCUUAAAUUUCUUAGUUGUUGAACAAAA